AUGUGUGAAGAUAAUUGUACUGGAGUUAUUAUUGGAUGGGAACAACAUACAAACACAUAUGUUAAAUUCGACGAAGUAACGAGUUGUGAUGAAAUAUAUGCAGAACUAGAUAUCUUGCCACUGAAUCACUGUUACAAUCAACAGUUUAGAGAUCACGAACAAACCAAUUACAUUAUUCUUACCGAUAACAAUAAAAUCUGUUAUGUGAAUGAAGAUUCUAUAACUUUAACAACGCCGAAAUGGAUCGAUAAUAGCGAAAUAGGUCGUUAUUUUUGCAAAUUCGAACACACGCAUUACAUACCAAAUGAAGGGCUGGCAAGAAUCUAUCCGCAGGACGCUACUAUAGCAGCCUAG